AUGCUUUUCUUUCAAAUCACAGAACUGUGGACCGACUACUACAAUUUCGGCUCACUGACCGACGAUCUAUAUGGACGAUCAUCGGAUUCCCAGCGUCAGCUAAGUCAUGCCCGAUUUCUUGCUCGCAAAAAUGGGCAAAACUUUCCCUGCUUGAAAUGUGGUAAGUGGUACUCGACGCGAAGUAUCAUGCUGCGUCAUAUGAAUCACGAAUGCGGAGUUGAAAAAAAGAUACAGUGCAAAUUCUGCUACAAAAAAUUCCGCCGCAAAUGGAAUCUAGAGCAGCACAUUAAACGACUGCAUCUCAGCGAAAAACGAAAACAUCAACAACAACAACGCGAGCUGCUACAACAGCAACGUGAGCUGCGUGAACAGCAGCAGACUGUUUUGUACAGUUUAGGCGAAAAAAGCAAUUCCGGAGGAGCGUGUUUCUCAAAAUCUCCGAUAGAUAUCGUACCUGCAGCCACGAUUGAGCGGGUAACGGGAUCUAAAGUACCCGACCGGGUAGUAUACUUACCUUCCAACACUCAGCAGUCUCCAGUUCAACUCGAUCUGUUCAAUCAGUACCUUCAGCAGCAUCAGCAAAAUCUUGAUGUCAUAUUAUCGAAAACUUUUAAAUCAAAUCUAUAUCAAGUGCCUGCUACGAAGAAAUCGAGUAGUAGUACUGCACAGGCAGCUGUAACUGGUAGUAACAAAUCUUCAGUGAACUACAAAACUUCAAUGACUAAUGUGCCUUCGCGUGGAACCAUUUCAAGUGAUUUAAGACGUUCAAAUAGUGUCAGCAUCAGUAACUGUAGUACCAAUGCAAAGCUGCCAUUUCAUAGCAAUUACGGUAAUGAUUCCUAUGGCCGAAAUCCCCUCAGUUUGUUAGAAGAAGAGGUUUAUCAAUUAGGUUUUGGUAGCAGUUUUUUCAAUGCAACGGAGCCUCCCCCGGUUUCAAUUCUGUGGAGGCCACCAAAUCGAGGUCGUUUACCGCGUAGUAAUCUAGGAGAUCGUUUCUACUGUGACGUGUGCCCCAAUCGUUCUUACACAAUGAAGGAGAACUUAAUGCGCCAUAAACGAGUUGAAUGCCAAAAGGAACCACAAAUAGCUUGUCCACUUUGUGACAAGAAGUUUUAUUAUGCCUCGCAACUAUCUCUCCAUUCCAAGCAUCACCAGCAGUUUGGACUGUAA